AUGUUGAAUAGCCGUGUGAAACAUAUCCAACAUGUCGUGCUAUCAGCAGACCGUCCAGCACAAACCGACCCAAUAAAAGUCUUCGCAAAUUUUCAAGGCAAUGUAAUCGGUAAAAAGUAUGCAAGAAAGCAAGCAAAUGACAGCACUCCACUGCUCUACCGACGCGAAGCUACAUCGCUUCUGGGUCAGUACGCCAGAGAGAAAGAGCGUGAGCAAAAGUCGAGAAGUUCAAGAGCAUCAGCAUAUUACGAGUGUGGUUUAAUAAAUCAUAUGCCAAACUAUCGUACUAAGACUGUCGAAGAUCGUACACCCAUGAUAGGUUCAAAAGAUGAAGUUUAUUCCCAAGCAGACGUUGGUUUCUUUGAGUCUGUUUUGCUUGCUUAUACAAAUCACUGGAAUCUGCGAACCUCUCCUGAUGAUUGGUGGUUCUGUGUUAUAAAAACAAUAUCGCACCACAUUGACUUGUACUGUGAUAAACCGAAUGUACGAAAGAUGUUUGUUAAUUUUGAGGGGAAACAGGAUUUGAUGGUAGACGUUACCAGAGCCCAAGGCUGGCCAGUUUUCGAAGAUAUGGAUUUCUCCUCAUUUUUUAAUACCAUCGGCUUGGAGAUAGCAAAGAAUGUGAAAGUUCCUGAGUAUGUAGACGGUGUGACAGCGGAUUUCACAACAACCACAGCAAUUCAGAAAAUAGUCUCGCAGAUCACCCUCAUGUCAUCUGUACAAGCCUACUUUAAUUUCACUCUUUGUGGUGGUUGUGGUAUCCCUGCCAUUGAAAUGAAAGGGACUGAAGAUGAUUGGAAAAAGCUUUUGUCUAAGCUUAAAGUGUUAAAAACACUUUUGGAACCAAUUACAGAUGAUAUAUACCUGAAGGAAGAAUGGUGGUCAUUGGUAACAAAAAUAUUUGAAAAUUUGCUUGAGACAUACCGUGGACAACCAGAUGAAGAUUGGUGGAGUCGAAUCAUGACCUAUGAACGACCAUAUGGUUCUGGAAGUCACUUAAGUUCUGGCCCACCAAGAUACAGUGGAUGGAUUGUCGAGUUCUUGAAAGGGGCAGUUGGUGAUGACAUCGGUAUUCUGUUGGGUGAUUUCCCUAGUGCUAUUGUAACCGUACCUUUGGGUAUUUUGGAUCUAGAGACAAGAGUACAAGACAUGUCUGCAUUGGUUGCUGGUAUGGUUGGUGUUACAGUUCAUGAAAGUGUUGGUAAUGACAGGGUGACUGUUGAACCAUUUCAAGGAUGGUCACUACUUCUGCCCAAAGAUUCGCCAUUUCGUGGAGAGAAGUAUACAAAGAAAAAGUCUACUGAUGGUCAUUUGUCAAAGAGCAGUAAGAAAGCAAAGACAAAAUGA